AUGUAUUUUUAUUAGGUAUCUUAAUAUAAUCCUCUUCUAAAGUUUUAUUUCAAAAUGAGUAAGGAAUCGGCUAUAAAUCUGGAUACACUUCUAUACUUUGCCUAUGGAAGUAAUUUAUGGUCCUUCAGAAUUCAUAUGAAUAUUCCCUCUGCACAAUUUGUAUCAAUUGGACGCCUCGAUAAUUACAGACUCGACUUCAUCAAGUACUCAAAGUUUUGGGGUGGUCCUACAGCCACGCCCGUCCCUACGGCCAAUGCCCACGUGUGGGGAGUUGUUUGGCGCCUCCAUGUGGAUGAUAUAGAACAUCUCGAUACACAAGAGGGUGUGGAUAAAAGAAUAUACUACGUAAAACAUUUGGAAAUUCUUACCCCGCACCAAGGAAUGUUGAUUUGUCGUUCUUAUAUAAAUGUGAUCAAUCCUUUGCCCCGAGGCGACAACGACAAGAUACCGAUUGAAAGGUGGCCAUCCUGGUCCUACAUGACCGUCAUCAUGUUCGGAGCCAUGGAACACGAGCUACCUCAGUAUUACAUCCAGUAUUUGAAAAGGAUAAAGCAUAAUAACGAGCAAGGAUGUUUCUUUAUGGAAUGUCUUCUGAGACGUUAUUCAUCAGAGAGGCCUUGUAUAUGUCCGGAGAAAAAAUUCAUAGACAGGAGAGUUUUAAAAUUAGAUGUACGGAAAUUAAGGGCUAAGGAAGGGGAAUAAUACUUACAUAUUAUUAUUAUACUAAGAACUAUAUAUUUAUGAAUGUUGACAUUAAUUAUUUUGGAAACCUAAAUUUUUUAUCUUGGCGCAAUUGGCGAAAUUAAUCUAAUAUGUAAUGAUCAAUUAUAGAAAACUAAGUUACCUACAGGUUACAGGAAUAAAAUUAUUAAUAAAAUUUUUGGGCUAUAAAAAUGAUGAAGAUGUUGGCCGAUUCUGAGACCAACCCGAUAUGAACACAAAAUUUGAUACAAAUCGGUUCAGCCGUUUGAGAGGAGUUUGAUAACAAACACCACUACAUGAGAAUUUUAUACAUACAAAAAUAAUUAUAUAGAUUUGACUGGAAGAUUCGAAAGUAUUUAAUAGGAAUAGAAUAUUAUUUUAUUGAUGAACAUAAAUUUAAUGCACAAAAUGCUUACGAAACAAAAAGUGUAUUAGAAAGAAAAUUAAAUCACCCAAAAGAUAAGAAUUAUUAUGAUUAACGAUUGUAGUGUAUAUUACCAAAUGUUUUCAAUGAUAUACAAGUUCAUUGUAUUUUUUCUUUAUUAGCUUCUUUUAUUUUUUCAAAUCAACUACUUACUGCAAGUAUAACGACACCAACAGUCUUAAGAGCUAGAAGGAGACUAAAACGGCAAGUAGUGGAAAUGAAAGACGUCACAAUUAAGUGCUCAAUUAGUGCUGUCGAUGUAGUAAAUGAUUUUAGAAUUUUUCUUUAUAAAAUUUUUUCAAAUCAACUUCUGCUAAUAUAAUGACGCCAGCAGUCUUAAGUUAGUAUGAAAUUAUUUAGCCCACUCGAGUGGUACGAAAGAUUUCAUACUAACUUUACCAUCUCUCUAUAGGUACCUCUGCAAGUAAAAGAUGCAAUUUGGAAAAU